CGCCCUGCGCCCGGGGCCUCCUCCGCGCCAGCCCCUCCCCCGGAGGGCCCCGCCCCCUCGAUGUUCCUCCUGGAAGCGCCGGCGGCGUGUGCACGCAUGAAGCGCGAGCUGUGCGCCUCGGAGGUCGCCCCCGCGGCGGCCGCGCUCUUCGCCUGGGGUGCAAAUAGCUAUGGGCAACUUGGCCUUGGCCAUAAGGAAGAUGUGCUUUUGCCCCAGCAACUGAAUGACUUCUGUAAACCCAUGGGUGUCAGGAGGAUCACGGGAGGAGGGGGCCACUCUGCAAUUGUGACAGAUGGAGGAGGCCUUUUUGUUUGUGGCCUGAACAAAGAUGGGCAACUGGGGCUUGGUCACACAGAAGAUGUCCUGUAUUUUACCCCCUGCAAAUCCCUCCUGGGCUGUCCCAUCCAACAGGUGGCCUGUGGCUGGGAUUUUACCAUUAUACUCACAGAAAAUGGCCAAGUUCUAUCAUGUGGAUCCAACUCCUUUGGCCAGUUAGGAGUUCCUCAUGGACCUCGAAGAUGUGUGGUUCCCCAGGCCAUUGAGCUCCUGAGAGAGAAGGUUGUUUGUAUUGCUGCUGGACUGAGGCAUGCGUUAGCUGCUACAGUGAAUGGCAUUAUGUUCCAGUGGGGGACUGGUCUGGCAUCAUCUGGACGACGAUUGUGCCCUGGGCAGCCUCUCCCAUUGUUUUUGACAGCAAAGGAACCAAGCAGAGUGACAGAUGCAGGAGAGGUGUAUGUUUGGGGAAGCAACAAGCAUGGGCAACUGGUUACCGAGGCUGCCUUCCUUCCUAUGCCCCAGAAAAUAGAAGCACAUUGUUUUCAGAAUGAAAAGGUCACUGCAGUCUGGAGUGGAUGGACACACCUGGUUGCUCAGACAGAAACUGGCAAGAUAUUUACCUGGGGCCGAGCAGACUAUGGUCAACUAGGGAGGAAAUUGGAGUCUCAUGAAGGCUGGAAACUAGAAAAGCAAGAUUCAUGCCUCCCCUGCUCAAGACCACAGAACAGCAUGCCUUCAUCUCUGCAUUGCUUAACAGGAGCAACUGAGGUCUCUUGUGGCUCAGAGCAUAAUUUGGCGGUAAUUGGUGGGGCCUGUUACUCUUGGGGCUGGAAUGAGCACGGCAUGUGUGGAGAUGGCACUGAAGCCAACAUCUGGGCCCCGAAGCCCGUGCAGGCUCUGUGGUCGUCACCAGGACUCCUUGUGGGCUGUGGGGCUGGCCACUCCCUGGCCCUCUGCCAGCUGCCAGCACGCCCUGCACCGGGCCAGGAUCCCAAGGUCACCUACCUUUCCCCAGAUGCCACCAAGGACACUGAAUCUCAGGAAACCACCAACAAAGAGAGAAACCAGAAGGGAAGACAAUCAGAAACUUCAACCCAAAGCCAAUCUGACAGGUCCGGAAAUGGGGGACUGUAAUAGAGAACCUUUAAUAAAGUGGCUUUUCCCACCAAAA